GUGUGUAGAUGCAUAUGCAGCAAUUAAUAUGUGUGCGUAUAUACAGUUGUGCAAUCAUCCAUAUGUAUAAUGAGGGCGGGCUUCCAAAAAUUCUGUUUUAAAGCUAUUGAAUUAAAAUCGUAUUUCGUCAUUUCGUCAGUCAGUCGCCGACUGUGAAACCAAAUCCAAGUUUUCAAACCAACCCUCGAAAAGAACGUUAAACCUCGUGUUGCCCGGCAUGGCGGAUGAGAACAGCACUGCAACUAUUAGCAAGAAUGAGCAGAAGCGUCAGUUGAAGGCUCAGAAGAAAGCCCAGGAGAAAGCAGAAAAGUGUGCCUUAGUGUCACCAUCAGAGAAGCAGAACAAACUCAUCAGCACCGAUGACGAUGAUAUUGAUCCAAAUGAGUACUUCAGAAUCCGUACUAAGGCUGUGGAACAGCUGAAGGUGAGUGGCAACGACCCAUAUCCACACAAGUUCCAUGUGUCGCUGUCACUGAACACUUUCAUCGAGAAAUAUUCCGAUGUCGAACCAGGCUCUGUAAUGGAAGAUGUUGAAGUCAGUGUCGCAGGUAAAGUGUAUUAUAGAUCUGAAGAUGAAUUCCUGUCAACAAAUGAAAAAGUGAAGAGAGGAGACAUGGUAGGAGUAAGAGGAUACCCAGGUAAGACCAAGAAAGGUGAAUUGAGUAUUAUACCUAUAGAAAUGGUUCUCUUAUCUCCCUGUCUACAUCAAUUGCCUCAUCUAUAUUAUGGGGUGAAGAAUCAGGAAACUCGCUACAGACAGCGCUAUCUGGAUUUAAUUAUCAACAAUGAAGUGAAGCAGAAGUUUGUGACAAGAACCAAGAUUAUUUCCUUCAUCAGAAACUUCCUGGACCAGAAUGGAUUUUUAGAGGUGGAGACACCAAUGAUGAGUAUGAUACCAGGUGGCGCCACAGCAAAGCCAUUUGUCACUCACCAUAAUGAGUUGAAGUUGGACUUGUUCAUGAGGAUUGCUCCCGAAUUGUACCUCAAGAUGCUGGUUGUUGGCGGGAUGGACCGUGUGUAUGAAAUGGGCCGUCAGUUCCGAAAUGAGGGCAUUGAUAUGACCCACAACCCAGAGUUCACAACGUGCGAAUUUUACAUGGCAUAUGCGGACUAUAAGGACUUGAUGAAGCUCACUGAGACAAUGUUAUCAAGUAAGAUAUUAUGUAAUGGUUACGACCAUGCUGUAGCAAUCUCCACCUUUACAGUUGAAUCUUCUAUGUUAUUGUUUAGUUUUAUAUUUUUCGUUUUAUUUUUCCCUUAUAGGCAUAGGUGUGGUUGUGUGAGUAAGAUGGUUGCUUUGCAACCAUAUUGUUUUGGGUUCAAUCCCACUAUGCUAUAUCUGGGAGCUUUGCUGUACUCAGGAAGACCCAUCCUCCACAGCAGAAGUGAAGACCCAUCAAGCCAAGCAAAAUCGCAGUUGUGGAAGACACCGGUGUCACAUAAAUGGCACCUGUUCAAGUUAUCUUUCUCUCUGUAUCUUAUCUUUCUCACCCUCCAUCAUCCAAAAAACAUCAUCAUUAUCAACAACUACAAUAUAAUGACACACAGCAAUCUGUUUCCUUCUCCUACAGAAAGCCGACAAUUUUUUGAUGAUCUCUGUAAGAAGAAAAAUGUGGAGUGCCCCACACCACGCACCACUGCAAGAUUACUUGAUAAGUUGGUUGGAGAAUUCCUUGAGGAAACAUGCCUGAACCCCACGUUUAUUAUCGACCAUCCAGAAAUAAUGAGUCCCCUAGCUAAAUGGCAUCGAUCAGUAAAGGGACUAACGGAACGGUUUGAGCUGUUUGUUAUGAAGAAGGAGAUAUGUAAUGCCUACACUGAGUUGAAUGACCCUGUUGUACAGAGGGAACGAUUCAUGCAACAGGCACAGGUAACUAUUUGUUUACUGUUCUAUAUUUAAGAGAUGACGAAUUAUGU